AUGCCGGUCGAUCCUUCUCCAAUCUGGCCUAUCCUCGUCGCCAGUUGUAGUGUUCCGGGCUCGUCUCCAAUUGUCGAAUGUUUCCAAAAUCCGAAGAACGUUUGUUUCUGGAUGGAUGGGGGGUAUUCUGGCGAGAAAGGUGACACUGGAAUAUUCGGAAAAAACGGAAUUAAGGGCGACCCUGGUUCAAGAGGAUCACCUGGUCCAAGAGGUUCCGUAGGUCCUCCUGGUGCAACUGGUGAGACUGGAAAACAAGGAGUGUCGGGCCCACGAGGAACGACUGGAAAUACAGGACCUCAAGGUCCAAUAGGUCCUCCAGGUUUGCCUGGAAUUAAAGGAGUUCAAGGAAUAAAGGGAGACAAAGGAUACCAAGGUUCACAAGGUUUAGCAGGUUUGGAUGGCAAACCGGGUCCACCAGGACAUCCAGGACCAGAUGGCACUACCGGAGGAAAAGGCGUUAAGGGCGUUCGUGGCUUUACAGGUCACAAAGGAGAACAGGGUGGUCAAGGAAUACCAGGGCCUACGGUUGACGAGAACACCAGAAAUCUAAUGAAAAGAUGUUGUGACCCUGUAACUGGGUUUCAGUCGAUAAUAGAAGAAAUUAUAGAAAAUGUUAGCAAUAUGUGUAAUUGA